AGUUAUGACAAUGUCAAUGAGAAUAAACCAAAAUUUUGACACCAGUCUCACCAACAAAGCUGAUCCAAAGUACAUAUCGUAUGUAAAAAUCAUUACAUCUGCAAUUGAAAAUAGUUACAUGAAUCUGCCCAACUACAUUACAGGUUCAGUAAAUGUCUUUGGCUUCAGGUCUGGUAGCAUUAUAGCAGACUACACGAUUAAUGCAAACACAAAUAAUCUAGAUGUUUCAUCAGUAAACACACAGGUUUCUGACCUUCUAGCAGCUCAAGGGAUUCCUUUAGCUAAGGAUGCUUUUGCUGAAAGUGAGGAAAAAAAUCUGACAACCAAAGAUAAGUUUUAUCCUCUGCAAGAUGUGGAACUGAGGUGUACACGUCCUAAUUCUGUUGUGGGAACAAUGAAAUGGAGCGUGAAUGACAAAGAUCCUGCAGAAAACAGUGCAAAAUACACCAUUACAAAUGACAACAUCAAUAGCACUCUUAUUGUGAAAGGAGCAAGUGAAAGUGACAAUGGUAGAUAUUCGUGUAUCAUAGAAAGAUCCACAUUACCUUACAUUCAGUGGCAAACAGUAUCUAUUCAACCACGUCCUAAUAUUAUAGUGGAUAAACCUGAUAUAAAGCUUCAGUGUCAAGACCAGACUGUCCCACUCACAUGCUGUGCCGAUGGUUACACAGUUGAGUGGUUUGGGAUUCCUGCUGAUGAUGAAGUGGAAAAUUCAGGAUCUGGCUGUAUCACAUUACAAUACAAAAGCACAACUUGUGGGUCUAAAGAUGACUUUACAUGCCGACUAAAGGACAUGCCAGAAUUAAAAAUAUUUGAUUAUAGCAACAGGACAGUUUACGUUCAGACAGUUAGAGAGUAUAACUGUAUAAAUGACACACUUGGAGUUGGAAAAAUAGGUGACACUGUAACAGGAUUGUGUGAAAAAGGUCUGGAAGGCUACAUAACUUAUGAAUGUAAACAGACAACAGAUCUCAAAUAUAACUGGACAGAAGUAAAGAGAAAUUGUGUUGUUCAACCUAUCAAAGACCUUGAAAGGAGAUCUGAGGUUUUAUUUGUGGAGGAUAUUCCAGUAUUUAUGUCAAACCUCAGUAACACUGCAGUGCAGAAUAAUACUGCAAUAACACAAUCUGCUGACACUGUCAAAACCAUUGUUGACAUACUUAACACAAUUGCUGUAAUCUCACAAAAUAUUACCAUCAGUCAACCUGUGAUGGAGGAUUUUCUUAAAACAGUGGACAUCAUUGUAUCAGAUGCAUCUAAAAACACAUGGACAGAAUUGAACAAUGACAACAAAACAGAAAACAAAAGCACUGAACUUCUUAAAGCUAUUGAGAAUAUAAGUGAUCGUCUCUCUGAUGACAGUUUUAUGAUUAAGGAAACCUCAAUUCAAUUGAAUAGAACAAGAAUUGAAAACUCAUUCAUUGGAUCAUCAUCACUGCCAAAUUCAACUACUCAGAUUGUGAUACCAAAGGUUGAACCGACCCUCAUAACCAUUAUUAUCUUCACAAAACUUGACAAUGUUUUACCAACUCAGAAUACUUCUAAUAAUGACAAGAAGACAUCAGAAAACCACAUCAAUGGAGACGUGGUUGUUGUUAAGGUUAAUAAAACAAUUAACAACAUUUCAUUUGCUUUCGAUACUACAAAUACAUCAUUGACAAAUCCUCAGUGUGUCUUUUGGAACUUUGAUCUCAACCAUUGGGAUUCCACUGGAUGUAAAGUCAAGCACUCAGAGAAUAACAUGGUUACAUGUGAAUGCAACCACACAACCUCUUUUUCAAUCCUGAUGUCACCGUUUGCAAUUGAUAACCUUGCCUUAGCCUAUAUCACAUACAUUGGUGUAGCUAUUUCAUUAGCCAGCUUACUUCUGUGCCUCAUCAUUGAGGCGAUCGUAUGGAAGUCAGUGACAGGAAAUGACACGUCAUACAUGCGUAACGUUUCAAUAGUCAACGUUGCUGUGUCGCUACUGAUUGCAGACAUCUGUUUUAUCAUCGCAGCUGCAAUUGGAAAUCCAGGACAACCUACACCAGUGAAUCCCUGCAGUGCAGUGGUUUUCUUCAUGCACUUUUUUUACCUGGCUGUUUUCUUCUGGAUGUUCAUUUUAGCACUUUUGCUGCUUUACCUCACUGUCAUCGUUUUUUCUCACUUGUCAAGCACUAAAAUGAUGGUCAUUGCAUUCAUGGUUGGUUAUUGUGCACCUUUGCUCAUAGCGGUUAUUACUGUUGCAUCCACAGCUGGACCUAAAAACUAUGUCUCAAAAGAAAAUGCAUGUUGGCUGAACUGGUUUGAAUCUAAAGCCCUGCUGGCAUUUGUGAUUCCAGCUCUGACUAUCGUUGCCUUUAACAUCUUGGUUUUGAUUGUGGUUGUGUAUACACUUUUAAGAAGAGUUGGUGCUCAACCAGAAAUUAAACAAACUGUUCUGGUCAUUGCCCGAUGUGUGGCCCUUCUGACUCCCAUCUUUGGUCUAACAUGGGGAUUUGGCAUUGGAACCAUGAUGUCAUCUAACUUUGGCAUUCAUGUAAUGUUUGCAAUCCUCAAUUCACUGCAGGUACCACUAUCUGUUUCUUCGUCUUUUUUUUAUUUACGCUUUAAAAGUGCAUUUAAUAAGUUUUGGUUAUUUGGUUUAAUCUUGUAUCAGCAAUCUAGGAUAAUGCUGCUCAUUUGUUAUUAUCAAUGUCCCUUUUUUACAAGUUAA